UACAUUUCCAGAACGGAUUAAUGUAAAAAUCAGUAGAUAUUUGUAGCUCUUUAUACAAUUUAUGGAUUUGAACAGAUUUUUUUGUGCUGAUAAGAAAGUUCUCUUUUUCAAAACAAUAUUAGUGAGUUAUCAAAAAUAUUUUUACCAAGAGUAUGUUUAACAGUGACAUCUAAAGUUAUUCCAUUUAAGAUUGGUUUUUGAAUCCCAAACUUCCACCGAAAAAGAAUGCGAUGUUCGGAAACCGAAGCUUUUGUGCUGGGCCCAAAUCAUAGUUCCCGUAAAGCCCUCUUGAUUUUGAUUUUUAUUCAAUAAUAAACUACGUAUUGGAAAUGAAAAGCAGUGGAGAUGUUGUAGGCACUGUCGAUCUGGUACAUGGAUUCAUCAUUUGAUAAUUUUAUAACACAGAAGAUUUACGACUGUCAAGUAAAAGAAAAAUUUACUUCAAUACCGUGGAAGCUGAUUAUUUUUGUGGACGUAUACCACAUCGAAAGCCCUGGCCAUGUCUCUUGAUUUUAUUGCUGGUUGUGUAGGAGGAGUAGCUGGUGUAUUCGUCGGCCAUCCUCUCGACACUGUAAAGGUGAACUUACAAACACAAAGUGCUAAAAAGCCUAAAUAUACAGGUACUUUAGAUUGUAUUAAAUCUCUUAUGGUAAAGGAAGGAAUAAAGGGUCUUUAUAGAGGAGUAACUAGUCCUGUAGCUGGGUUGGCGGCAUUAAAUGCAAUCGUUUUUGGAGUGUACGGUAACGUACAAAAAAAUAUGGUUAAUCCCGAUAGUUUAUCAUCACACGCUAUUGCUGGUGCAUCGGCAGGACUUUUGACAAGUUUCAUUACUAGUCCCAUGGAGUUAGUUAAAUCUAGAAUGCAGGUUGCUGGGACUCAAGCUGGCAAGAAUCCAUUAGAUUGCUUAGUUAAAAUAUAUACCAAAAAGAGAUUGAGAGGUGUUUUUCAAGGACUUGGUAUAACCAUUGGAAGAGAGGUUCCGGCGUUUACAACUUAUUUCAUCACCUACGAAUUGCUUACCCAAACAGAAGAAGGGAAGAUAGCGUCAUCUGCACAGAUUCUGUUCGCCGGGGGAAUGGCAGGUGUGGUCUCCUGGGUUAUCCCAUAUCCCGUGGAUGUUAUCAAAUCAAUAAUCCAAGUAGAUGGUAUAACCUCACAAAAAUAUACCGGAUACUACGACUGUAUGAAGAAAACCGUAAGCUCACAAGGGUAUCUUGGUCUAUAUCGAGGAUUAACUCCGACUGUAAUCAGAGCAUUUCCGGUUAAUGCUGUCACUUUCUUUGUAGUCACCUGGACAAUUAGAUUGUCUGAAAUGAAAUUCAAGACGCCAGAGAAUCUACAUUUUCUAAGUAUGAACAUGGAUGUUAUCGCAGAAGAACGAAUUUAAAUUAAUGUAGAGAGAUUGAUUAUAAACCGAUAUAUAUUUUAUUUUUUUACUGUAUAUUCUGUUUGAAGGAUUCAAAUAAAUAAUGGUUUACUAAAA